AUUUCAUGGAUCAAUAUCUCGAGAAGAAGCUGAUCAGUUAGUCAAAGGGCAAGAUGGGUGUUACCUGGUGAGAGAGAGCCAGCGCCAGCCAGGAAGCUACACCUUAACAAUGAGGUUUGGAGGGGCUUCAAUGCACUUUAGGUUAUAUUAUGAUGGCAUGCAUUAUGUUGGUGAGAAGCGCUUCCAAAGCAUGGAGGACCUAGUGGCAGAUGGUCUCAUCACCAUGUACAUGGAUACCUAUGCAAAGGACUACAUUGAUACCAUGAUGUUACCUGCAGAUAAUGCCAAGGCAGGCAAGGAAGAUUCAUCAGUCUUCAGGGAUAGUAAUCAAGGGUCUGUGACAGAAAAGAGCAAAGCUACUGAUCAGAUUGAUGCUGCUGCUAAGUCUCCAGCUAAAACUAUUCAACCACUUGACAAUAAAAUGAAAGAAAAUAAACCUUCACUUCCUGACCAACUAAUACUAAAAGAGGAUAGGAGAUUCAGUGCUGGCAAGAGGCCCAGCUUUAAACCGGCUUCUUACGCCAAGGACCAUAACUUCAAGAUAAAUUCAUAUAAGGGAUUUCAUUGGUGUGAUUACUGCAAGAAUUUCUUAUGGGGUCUGACUCUGCAGGGAUAUAAAUGUCAAGAUUGCGGAAUGAAUGCUCAUAAACAAUGCUAUAGACGUACAAACAAAGACUGUAUGCCUGACAAAAAAUAUGUUCGAAGACUAUUUGGAGAAGAUCUCACUACAGUUGUUAAGCUACAUGACACUAAAAGGCCGUUUGUCGUGGAUAUAUGUGUACGCGAGGUUGAAGAAAGAGGACUAGACAGUGAGGGAAUCUACAGGGUUUCAGGGUUCGCUGAUGAUAUUGAAGCUCUAAAAAACUCUUUUGAUAAAGAUGGUAUGGCAGCUAACGUUGGUCAAUACGAAGACAUCAACACGAUUACAGGGGUACUAAAACUCUUUCUUCGACAGCUCCCUCUCCCUCUUAUUACGUUCGAGACGUAUGGACAGUUUAUAGAAGCAGCAAAAAUUCAAGACAAGUUUCUUCGAAUUGAAGCACUAGCCAAAGCCUUGACUGAACUACCUCAACCACAUUUCGAGACUAUUAAAUUUCUAAUGGGACAUUUAUACAGGGUAUCACAGCACAAGAGUCAAAAUAUGAUGUCAGAAGAGAACCUUUCCAUCGUGUUCGGUCCAACCAUGAUGAGGUCACCUGAAGGAGAUACCCUUAACACUCUAGACGACUUGAAAUUUCAAAGACUUGCUAUAGAAUUGCUAAUAUCUCAUCAAGAUGUGUUGUUUGAUAGCCAGUGAGACGUUUACAAUGGCAUUAUGGACACCAACGACAAAGUAAGAUGUACCAAGGGAAAAUGAACUACUUUGUUUUCUCUUAAAUGUUUUUUAAAUUUAUGGGGAUUUGUGCAUGCCGGUUUUCAACAUUUUUCAAGGAUGUGUUUCUUAAGCCUAGAACCCUAUUACUGGCUAAUAAAAGUCUUUGAAUCUCA